AGCACUUUGGAGAGAAUGAUGGUAGGAUGCAGCCAGAUGAAUUUUUUGGCAUCUUUGACACCUUCCUGCAGUCAUUCACAGAAGCCAAGCAAGAUCUGGAGAAUAUGAGGAAGAAGAAAGAAGAGGAGGAGCGCAGGGCACGCAUGGAAGCUAUGCUAAAGGAGCAACGAGAGAAGGAGAGGCGACAAAAGAAAGCAAAGGGCAGCAGCAUCUCUGAGGAGGGAGGAGGAGAGUUUGAUGAUCUCGUGUCCGCGCUGAGGUCAGGCGAGGUUUUUGACAAGGACUUAUCAAAGCUCAAGCGUAACCGCAAACGUUCAGGAAACCAAAGUUUGGAGACAAGCCGGGAACGGACUGUGUCAAAGCUCAAUUAUUAAAGGAGAGCACAAGAGAGGGAUGGAAAAGCCAAGAGAACCAUGAAAGAAAGAAGAUCACAGCAAAGAGCCAAACAAGAUGAUGGAGACUGGCUAGUGUAUUCCCUCAGGAGAUCUGGCUAGCCCAUGGCUUUGUUUGAUUUUCCACGAUGAGCAUGCCCUCCUGUCUUGCUCUCUUCCUUAGUCAUCUAAUUGGGAAUGGUUCUAAAAGUGCCUCUGUAGCAUCCAAGGGAUUUGUCACAGAGAUGUUGUUUUUGAUGGAUACAUUUCACUUCUUGAAACUUUCCCUGCAGAUUCAGUUAAGCCCUACACUGUUGGGUCUCGGGAGCCAAAUACGAAGAGGGGGGAAGAAGAACAUGAUUUACUCUGUGCCAAAGUAUAUACAUACAAAACCCACUCUCAGUCUUGCUGAGAAAA